UAAGUGUAUAGAAAACACACUAAGGGUACUCAUGUAAACGAUUAAAAGUCAGGCAAACUGUGCAAUCUGUGCAUUUUUCAACUCUCCAAAAUUAAAUUUUUAAAAUUGUAUUGAAAUUCAUUUGCACAACCCAAAUAAAUUUACUCGACAAUUUAGCCUGGCAAACUUGAAUUGUUUAGUUGUGCAUUUGAUAAAUGAAAUUAAAAAUUAUUUUCAUUUGUCAAUUUUUUUAAACGGGAUAGAAAAAAUCUUAACAAAUUUAUAAUUUCGCAAAUAAGUGCCUUUAAAAAAGGGGGUUUUCAUUAAUUCGUGCAAAAAGAUUUAUGUAUACAUUUGUAAAUAAAUGGCGGAGGUAAGUUUACGUUUAAAAAAUAAAUUCAGAUCUAAUAACAUAUUUUUUAAAGAAAACAACAGAGAAGCCUUUAAGCAAAAAAGAAUAAAUGGAACUCAUCGUUGGACUGAUGCGGAAACGCUCCAUUUAGUGCAAGAAGUUGCUGAAGAAGUAAAAGACAAGAUAGAAUCAUAUGAAAAACCAACCGCGCAAUAUUUUUAUAAAAAAAUUGCAGCAAAAUCAACUAUACCAAAAUCUAUUGAAUGGGUGCCUAUGAAAAAUAAAAUGAGACAUCUUAAAUCAUCUUAUAUGUCUGCACUCAAUUGGAGAAAUCAAACUGGUGCAGGUCUUCUUGCUACUGGGAAUGAAAAAACAGUCGAAGAAUACAUUGAUAAAAUUUGUCCAAUGUUUAAGUAUCUUGAACAAAUAUUUGGUCAAAGACGAGGUGUGAAUCCUUUAAUAAUUAUAGAGACGUCAAUGGAGGAUCAAGAUAUUGAUUGUGUUGUUGGAGAAGUAGAAAUCUUUCAGGUUUUAUUGAUAAAGAAGAAUUCUUUGAAACUUCCGAAAACAAUACAAGUAGUUCUCCAGAAGCUUCAUUUAGCUCACAGACAUCAAUUGAUUCUAUAUCAUUAAAAGAAUCUAUGAAAAAAAUUCCAAAAAAGACUCCAAAAUCGAAAAACACGAGUCUAUUUUCUAUGCUAAUUUCCCUACAAGAAAAGAAAUUGGAAAUAGAAGUAAAAAAAUUUGACCUUGAAAGAGAAAUAUCCGAAAAUGAAAUUAAAAUGAAAAAAGCCAAGCUAGAACAAGAUUUAGAAAUAAGAAAACUUCAAAUUGAAAGCGAAGAAAGAAUUAAAAAAUAUGAAAUAGAAGUUAAAUAUAAAUCUAACACUAACAGUAAUUAAAAAGCAUUUAAUUGUUAUAAUUGCGUUUUAAUAUUAUAUUAAUAAAACAUCGUUAUGCGUUUUGUUCUUUAAUUAAUUCCAACAGUGCCCGUCUUUUUACUUCCCCCUCGAUUGUGGAGUGAUUUGCAGGUUCUUCGUUAUAAUUUUCCAUUUCAAUCUCACAGGGAUUUUCAGUGGAUAACGUUAAAUCAAUUUCUUCUUCAUUCUGGUCCAAUAAAAUAUUAUGCAACAUGGCGCAUACCAAAAUCCAAUUACAGGCACGUUUAAUAGAUGACUUGUUUUUUAUUUGUAUUUUUAAAUCUUUUAGGCUUUUAAAACGAUCUUUCAUUAUACCAAAGCAGUGUUCAAUCCUUAUUCGGU